AUGACCUGGGGAAACUGGACAACUGUUAGGGAAUUUAUUCUUGUGAGCUUCUCAACAUUGUCCUAUGAGCUACAGGCUCUAUUAUUUCUCUUGUUUUUGAUCAUUUACCUAGUCACACUCAUGGGCAAUGUUCUAAUCAUUCUGGUUACUACAGCUGACUCUGCCCUGCAAAGCCCUAUGUACUUCUUUCUCAGAAACUUAUCUUUCCUGGAAAUAGGCUUCAACUUGGUCAUUGUUCCCAAAAUGUUGAGUACUUUGAUACUCCAAGACAAAACCAUCUCCUUCCUUGGCUGUGCCACUCAGAUGUAUUUCUUCUUCUUCUUUGGGGCUGCUGAGUGCUGCCUCCUGGCCACAAUGGCAUAUGACCGCUAUGUGGCGAUCUGUGAUCCCUUGCGCUACCCAGUAAUUAUGAGCCGCAAGUCCUGCGCCCAGCUGGCAGCUGCCUCUUGGUUCGCAGGGUUCCCAGUGGCCACUGUGCAAACUACGUGGAUUUUCAGUUUCCCUUUUUGUGGCCCCAACAGGGUGAACCACUUCUUCUGCGACAGCCCCCCUGUCAUAGCCCUGGUUUGUGCUGAUACUUCACUAUUUGAACUGGAGGCUCUAACAGCUACUGUCCUAUUCAUCCUCUUUCCUUUCUUAUUGAUCCUGGGUUCCUAUGUCCGCAUCCUCUCCACCAUCUUCAGGAUGCCUUCAACUGAGGGGAAACACAAGGCCUUCUCCACUUGCUCCUCCCAUCUCCUGGUUGUCUCCCUCUUCUACAGCACUGCCAUCCUCAUGUACUUCAGGCCACGCUCCAACACCUCCCCUGAGCACAAGAAAAUGGUGUCGCUCUCCUAUACAGUCAUCACGCCCAUGUUGAACCCCAUCAUCUACAGCUUAAGGAACAAUGAGGUGAAGACUGCACUGAGGCGAGUCAUUGGCAGAACUCUGAAUCCUCGGAAACUGUGACUGACUCGGACAGGCACCGGCAAGGACACAGUGGAAGGACAAAACAAGGAACAUUGAAUUCCCCAAGUUUCUACUCUUUUAGGGGAUACUGUGUACCUACUGAAGUUUUGGAAUCUCCACUAGGAUCCAUUUGAGAAUGAAAGAACACAGAAGCUAAAGGAAACUGCUGGCUGACUCUGAGACUGGCCUACUAAGUUCCCUGCGGUAUUCCUGAUUACUUCAAUUAAGAUCCUUUGAAAGCUGACAAUUUCCUACA